GUGUAUCAUAUCUGGAGCAUCGAUGAUUGCGGGUUUGUCGGCCAAUAUACAAAAUCCCGCCAAUGCUCAAAUUGAGCAGCAGCUACACACCAGCAGCGGAGACAUCAGCCUGAGUUUGUCUCUGUUCAUUCUCGUUCAAGGCAAUUUUCCUGUCAUUUGGAGUGCAGUUAGCGAGAUAAAGGGUCGCAAACUCGUGUACCUUUGUUCCGUCGCACUUUUUGCACUUGGAUCUACAAUCGUGGCUGUGUCGAAAACCAUUGGUUUGGUAAUUGGCAUGCGAAUUCUGCAAGGCGCAGGCUCAAGCGCGGUUAUCGCUAUCGGAGCUGCCACUCUGGCUGACAUAUACGAGCCGCAUCAACGAGGUACGAUGAUGGGUGUCUACUAUUCUGCACCUCUCCUCGGUCCUUCAUUGGGGCCAAUAAUUGGUGGUGCACUCACACAGGGCCUCGGAUGGCGGGCGGUUUUCUGGUUCUUGGUCAUUUGGGGAGGCAUUAUCUUUUCGGCAUUCCUUUUCUUGUUCAAGGACACUUUCCGGAAGGAGAGGAGUAUGACUUACCAGAACGUAUUGAAGAGGAGGCUCGGAGAGCAACAGUUGUCAGAAGCAAAGGAUGAGUCGCAAAAGAUUUCAGAGAAGGAAUCGGAAGUGAAUGGAGAAAACCAGACAAGUUCGAAAGAUAUUGAAGCACAACAGACGGUUAUACCAGCAUCAGCCAUCAAAGAAGUGAAGUUAUCCAUUGCAGAUGUCAACCCUUUCCCUCCAUACCUAUCAAUUAUCAGCCGGAAGAACAACUUUGCUAUCUUAGUAUCAUCAGGUUUAAUAUUUGCAUUUAGCUUUAGCAUCACAUAUACAUGCGCAAGAACAUUGUCGAUGUAUUAUAAUUAUAAUGCCUUGAAGACUGGCCUUGUUUUGCUCGCCUAUGGCAUCGGCAGUGUAAUCGGCAGCAUAUUGGGUGGUCGUUGGUCCGAUCGGACGCUUGCUCGGCUGAAGGCCGCGAACGGAGGGAUCAGUUACCCAGAGAUGCGCCUCGAGAGUACGAAAGUCGCCAUGCUGUGGUUACCUCUGUCCGUGAUCGGAUACGCCUGGGUGUGCCAAGAACGGGUCAAUGUUGCCGCUAUGUGUGUGAUGCUAUUCCUCGCUGGAUUUUUAUCGAUAUGGAUCUACACGAGCACGCUGGCAUACAUUGUCGAUGCAAACACUGGUCGCUCAUCGACAGCAGUAGCGACUAAUAGUUCUUUCCGCGGUCUGUCUGCUUUUGUUGCCGCUGAGAUUGCCGUUCCUCUACAAGAUUCGAUUGGCGAUGGGGGUUUGUAUACUCUCUGGGCAGGCCUGAUGGUCGUCACCGAAUGUAUAAUUCUUCUGGUAUUGUACAAAGGCAGGAAGUGGAGAGAAGCCUAGUGUUGAGAGGGAGAAGCAGAAGCUGGAUGCUAAGUAA